GCACCAGCGAGGUCAACAUCUCGACAUCUCGUCGCAGAACCUAGAAAGGCUCCCGGACAAGGAAAAUAGCAGGCCAUUACGGCCAAACCACCGACGACUUUGCUUCUCAGAGAUGGUUCUGCGCCCCUAACCGCCAUGCCAACCCUACGGCGGUCGCGAUACCUCACCUGCUUCUACUGCGGGCGGAAAACGUCCACCCGCAACGAUGGCAGCGUCCGGCACUUUGAGUGUCCCAGCUGCGAUGCGACAAACUACCUAGACGAGAAUGGAGAGAUUACGGAUCCUCCCCUCGAGGCCACGGCCGCAUCCAUCAGAUCCGAUCCGAAGCCGAGCUUCGGCAGUCCCGCGUCCGAACCAUCAAGCGACGUCUUCUGCUCGACAUGCCUCAAAAACCAGCGCAUAUUCACGAGCUCGCUGGCGCAGUACCUCCCCGACGACCCCGACGACCCCGAGUACGAGGAGAGGGAGCGCAACUUCUACAAGUACCGCAAGGGCCUCGAGAAGCAGUACCCCCAAGUCUGCGCGCAGUGCGAACCCAAGGUGCUCCAGCGCAUAACGAAGGCCGGGUACACGGCCAAGACGGACCACCUCCGUCGCAUGAUCGACCGCAGCAGGAAGGAGCGCACACCCACCGCGGCCACGAGCCUGCUCGGCGCCGUCGGCGCCCUCGGUAGGUACCUAUGGCUCGCCGGGUUCGUGUUGCAGGCGCUCUGGCACGCGUCCAUCAUGCGGGAGCUUACCGGCCAAUACCAAGUGCCGGUUUUGGGCGGCGCAUGGGGCCGCUGGGUGCUGGACGCGGUAGUGGACAGGCUCUUUUCGGCGCUGCCGGGCCCAGAGCGGUUGAUGAAAUGGAGCAUCGCGGUCACGGCGGCCAGCAUCUGGUGGAACCCGUUUCUGGUGCAGACGGUCCGCGGGUUCACAAAACAUCUCCUGGGCUUCUCGACAUGGUAUACGUACCAAGUCAUCAUCAUGCUGUUGCGGAUUCUCGCCCUCACGAUACCGGGCGUCUCCGCCCAAAAGGCGUCCGAGGUGCCCACCCAGUUGGCGGCGCACACCUUCAUGCUUGGCUUUGUGUUUUUUAUCUCUAGGCUAUCCCUUGGCGCAAUCCGGACAGACACAACCCCCCUAUUCGCAACAUCGCCCAAACGGUCCCUUGUGGCACCGCCAGAGUCAACCCCGCAGCGAGCAGGCGACAAUGAGCCCGCCAGCUUGGCCGAAAUACUGGACGACGUCCUGGCGACCCCAUCUGCGCCUGCCCUAGACCUCAGCCCUAGCCCAAUCAUUCGAUCCUCGGAAUCUGCGACCAGACAUACUGGGCGGUAUUUCAGCCCGCCAAGCGCUGUACGGCGCCCUCUAUGGGAACAGGGAAAUGGGUUUGCGAGAGAGCCAGCCACACCUCCCAGCAGGAACCCAUUCGCCGCUCCGCAAGAACCUCAAAGCGUCCAAUAUGAGACGGAAAUGGACUGGACGCCGACACAAUCCAAGCAUCGUGCCUUCAGAUCGUUUGGCUCUCCAGAAGAACCCCUAAGGGGCUUUAGCCAGACACCUGCCGAGGGCGGAGACCACCGCCAGUUUUGGUUUAAAGUACCACCAGCGCCCACCAGCAUCGCCCAGAGGGCGCUCAACCCCCCAACUGCCGCCCGCCUACGGAAGCAGCCGCCGGUGGAGAGGUCCCCUGUUUUCGGACCCAGCUUAUCCAGCCAGGGGCCGGCCACUUCGGGCGAAGAUCGACACGACGUCGCCUUCAAAGAGCCUUCCUUCUUUGCCGAAACCAGCAGUGACCCACGAAACACACUGUCUGACCUGUUCGGCCAAGCAUUCUCCAUCAGCCCCAGUAAAACCCAGACGAUUGGAGGCCGGAGGGGAUCAGGAGCGGGAGGCUCGGGUCCAAUCUCCCCUCCAGCUCGCUGGGGCAGCUUGUCCGACAUGGCCCUGCUCGCUGUCUCGGGCAUGCUGCUCAUCCCGGGCUACGCCACGCUGGUACCGCCCGAGUACGGCUCGCACCUCGCCCUGGGCGUGUGCUGCCUGACCUUUGUCGUGUGGGCCAAGGUCAGCCUCGGCAACCUCAAGGGCCUGCUGCUCUGGGCGACGGCGAAGACGGGGAGGCGGCCCUGGGUGCUGACGGCCGCCGUCGGCUCGCUCAUCGGGCUGGCGGAGCUCGGUGUGGCGGCCCGCAUCGCGUUCGAGUGCUACACCGAGGACCGCUGGCUUGUGACUUACAGGGCACAGGACAACUGGCUCGUCUUGGUCCUUGUGCUGCACCAGCUGUGGAACGCGUUCCUUGGGCCGCUGGUACAGCACAAGCUAACGGGCGGCGGUGUCCAGGUGCGACGCUGACACUCUAUACCCUUGUUUCAUUUCACGUAGCUCUGUACGGGCUCCUUCUGGGGAUACGUUUUGUGCAUAGCGACAGGUUAAACGGCCAGUUCCCCUUUCUUUUCAUUGUACUUGUUCUGCCCAUCGUUCCCCCAUGUCCUACCACACAUAUAGUCUAUAGACUCUGGAUCAGUUCCUUGUAUAAUAUUACCCUUUACGGGCGGUCGUAACUGGGCCAUGGCGUGCCCCUUUAUGGUUGAGUGAGUAACCCCGG